GUAUAAUAUACGUUCUCUGUAUACGUUCUCUGAUUUCAGUUUGACAGUUUUGACAUUUUUUUUAUUUUUCAUAUUUCUUUUAAGUUUUCUUUCAAUUUUUCGUUUCUUUAAAAAGUGCGAGCGAAAAACGCAUUUCCACGAGACGCAGUGCUAAUUAUAUAUAUUUUUUUAUAUUUUUUUUCAACAAAUUGCAGAUAUAAUAAUAUAGAUAACUUACAUUAUUUGUGGCAUAUAAGUGCACUUGUUGCAGAACUUGGAGUUGGAGUCAAAAGACAGACGGCGAUAUUGGUAUGAAUAGCUUGCUUGACUUCUUCGCUACCUAGUUACUUGUCCGCGUUCCCGUAUUCCCGUAUAUGUGUGCUUCGGUGCUUCGUACGUCACUUCAAAUCGCAAUAUAUUGCUUUCGGCCAUUUAUAUUGAGAGUUGACCGCUUUAUUUGCGCACAAACAAGAAUUAUAAUAAGGAAUUGUGCAUAAUUGAUGACGAACAACUGAAAGAAGUGUGUAUGCAGAGGAUAUUAUUCGAUAGUUUCAUUAUAUUCCAUUUGGCAAUAAUAGCAAGAGAGACUUGUGCACUAACAAAUUGACAGCCACAGUGUAACAAAGCAGUUUGAAAAUAUUGCAAAUAACAAUGGCCAAUAAUAAUGCGGCGAGCCAUUACAACAGGAAUGGCGUUGCUGGCAAUAUUAGAGUUGGAGGCAAAGAUAAAACUAAUAACACUGAAAGUAGUGCAGGUGUUGCAGCAAGCAACCUUAACGACGUUUGCAAUUUUCUACAACCAGGAAAUUUAAAUUCAGCCUUUAAUUUACCACCAGGCGCUUGUUCUUAUGAUCAUCUCGUAGAAAUGAUAAGAGGUCUCGAUCUGCAGGAUGAUGGCAUUAAAAUGAAUCAUAAAAUUGGAGCUAUCCGUUCAGACUUCUGUAUGUUAGUACACGACGAAAACAUGUUAUGCGAAUGCAUGGAUUAUAUUAAUGACAAGGCUUUGGCAGACGGUGAGAUGGCAUUAAAAUUCGCCAUGCUCUUUUCAUCGCACAACUUUGAUCAACUAGCAAUGAAAGAUGUAAAAAUACGUAGUGCCAUGUUGAAGGUGCUGGAGGCAAAUUACUUAAAUGCCGAUACGUAUCGCAUUCACGAUAAGGAACGUCUUUACAAUUCUAUUACACUGUUGGGUGAAUAUUAUAAUCGAGUGCGUUUAGCUGAUCAAUCACCUAUCACGAUAUUGGGCAAAUCCUUACUUAGCUUACUUAUACGUGAAGUUAGCGCACUGGAACCAAUAAAUGUGAAAUUAGCCAAAUUAAUACUAUCACAAAUUACACUAAACGGUGAUAUAAUCCGCGUAAAACAUAAAGACGAACUGACUCAACUGCUCUACCACAUAAGACGUAAUUUGAUUGAGCAACCGGCUCUAAGUGCCACCGUAAAAGCGUUAUUGCUAAUGACACUUGAUCUGUACUAUAGUAAUUUUACAAAUUUGGGUACACAACUCGAACAAAUGUACACCAAAUAUCUAGUACAAGACGUGGAAGAUGAAGGCAAUAACAACGUCAAUGUUGCUUUGCAACCACAAUCACUGCCAGUAUAUGUGCCAGCGCAGCAAGUGCAAUUAGUGCAGCCGCAAUCACCAUUACAACCUCAGGUACAAGCACUUAAUACUAGUGCAGAUUCAACGGUGGAGGCGCCAGCAAAAGCAGUUCUUGAAAAUGAUGAUAAAGAAAAUGAUACAAAUGAUUUGUACGAUUCACAGCUGUCAACCAAAAAAUGGAGUGAGCAAGUGUGCGAAGAUGCAUUAUAUGAAGGUGAAUUCGGCAAUGAGUUUAAUAGCUAUGAGCAAGAAUACAAUGAUAAUGGGGAUGGUGCUAAAGGCUUUGAUGCCAAAAAGGCUGGAGGACGGUUAAGUAAUGGAAGUGAUAAAUUAAAUUCAUCAGGUGGAAGUAAUAGUCGGCGUACUGAUGAUGAUAGCUCUAGCCGAAAUGCCAGGCGUUCACAAAAACCACGUAAUUCACCACGUCCACUUAAACAUCAACAAAAUGCCGGUAAUGAAAGGGAUGGUCCACACGAUAACCAACCGCCAGCGUCACAACAUGAUGAAGAUCAGGAUCAAACAAAACCGCUACCUCGCUGGCGUGCGCCACGUUUUAAUCGAGAGAACGAAUUUCAAAAUAACGAGGUCCCACAAAAUAAUCAACAACGCCGUUUUAGCACAAGUUUCGAUGAUGAUCAGAGUGUGCGUAGCGACGGCGGCAGUAUUCGUUUGUACAGCAUAAAUGAUCGUUUGCGACAUUCGCAGGAGAAAAUGGAACGUAGUGGUAGUAAUUUCAACUCGAUUGCCAAUUCAAAUUGGGACAGACAGUCGCAACAUGCAGACGAUCGCAGUGAACGUUCCUACAUAAGCAACUAUGAGCGUGGCAAUAAUUACCGACGCGGAAACAAUCGCCAUUUUAAUAAUCGUCAAACCUAUGAUAAACCACCGCGCUUCCAAAAGCAACAACAUAAAGAUACUAACAUACACAGUAAUUCAUGGCGUCAAUCACGUAACAAUGUCAUGCAUAACUCAUAUCAUGAUGAAAACUCUUCACAUCGUUCCAAUGGACCCGAAUCGAAUAGUCGCAGUUCAUCGCGCGCCCGUACACUUCCGCGUCCAGGUAAAUCUCGUCAUUUCGAGGACGCCGAUGAGUGUGCUAGCAAUGCGUCAACGUAUCGCCGUAACCAAAGCCCUUCUACGUAUAAACAACAUCAGCAACAACAACAGCGCACACGUAAUUUCAAUCCACGUUAUAGUAGCCAAAGCAGCCUGGCAAGCGAAGCGUCUAGCACAUUUGAUCGUCGUACGCGCAAUCGAAACUUUCCACGGCAAAAUCAACAACAGCGCCAAGACCGUUGGGAGGACACCAAAAGCGUGCAUGGACAACCAGAAGACAGUUCAUGGGAUACGAAAAAUGACAACAGCGAACUGGUGCGCAAUGCACGCCAAACUGCCAAGUAUAUGAACUACUUGUCAUCCCAGAAGUGAGAUGAGGCCAAUAUGUUGGAGGUGGCCGAGUAUGCGCCGCGAUAGCGUUUAUUGCAUGGAACGCAAAUCAUAAAAACGACGUAAAAAUGGCAUAAGCAAACAAUAAGAACAAUAUUGUCGAAAAUAGUGGGGCGCCGCUUGCAUUGCAUGUGUGGUUUACAUACUAUAUACUUUACAUUUUAUUUUUCUUUUAUUAUUAUUAUUCAUAUUUUACUUAUACACACAUUUAUUACCCAAGUUCAUCCAUGUACAAAAUGUACGCAUGUUUUUUUCUACUUUUCAUUUAAUACUUUUUUCUUUUAAUUAACAAAUAUUGUUGUAUGUUAGUAGUCAGUUGUUAUUUAAAGAAUAUAACCACCAAUCAAACGGAAGGUGUUAUAAAGCUUUGAUGUUAAUUUGAUAAAAAGCAACACCAGUUAUUGAGCAUUUUAUGAAGGCUGUGCGAUUAAACGUUAGUUUAAUUUAUUAUUGUAAUACUUACAUAUUGCCAGUUCAAAUUUUUAUUUUUAAACUGACUGUGGUUUAUUUUACUGUUUAUAUAAAAACAAGAAAAACGAGUCAGCUGUGGGAGCAACUAAAACAAUUGUUUUUAAUGGCGUCGUUGACAGUUUAACAUCGAGUUUUUACUACCACUUGGUAAGCAAUUAAAAUUUUUGUAAAAAGUAAGCUUGAAUAUAGUAAUUUGGUAAAUGCAGCAGGUAUAAACAUAAUCAAUGUCAUGUGAAAGUAACCCUAAAUCAACCUUUAUAAGAUUGUAUAUAGCAGUAGUUUAAUCGCACGGUUUGCAGCAAAAAUUGUAAUAAAACCAUACAAUUUAGCACAAAUUAUGUAGUUUGAAGUUAACGCUAAGCCCAUCGUCUACGUCUGUAACAUAUUUUGACAUAGAUAAUGCAUUAUUUUAUUAAAAUAUAUUAACUCAAUUAUAAAUAUACAUAACGCUAGUAUAAAAGGGACUAUAAAAUUAUUUUAAGACAUUGAAAUUGCAAUUGUAAUGAACAGCCAACCAUUUGGAGAAAUUACUUUCAUUUACAGAACUCUUAUAAUAUUACUAUUGAGUUGAGUUUAAUUUAAUAUUUUAAUCUUUGAUUUACAUUUCAUAUUAAAACAAAAGAAAAUAAUUUUUAUUCUAACAAUUUCCAACCUAAAAAAUAAAAACAAUUCUAAUGUAACUAGUUAUCUUUAUAUAACACUUUUAAAACUAAUUGACUAACCAAUCAAUUAGCAUAAAAUUAUUUAUAGAAUGCAUAAGCAAACAUUUAAACUCAUUAUUAUGUCCCUUAACGAGUUAUAUAGUGCGCCAUUUACUUGUGUUAGUUUUACAUAACACAAGUUGCCUGUUGUUAUGUCAGUCAAAGUGUUAAACGAACAUUUAAAAAAUAAUAAAUACAUAAUAAGCCUCUUAGUACCUCUAUUCAUUAUGUGUUGCCAUUGACAUUAAAUUAAAUUUAACAUUAAUUAUCAAUAACAGUCACAUUGAGAACAUCACAAACAUACAUAAACAUUUUUUUUAAUAAUACUUUGUAAAUAUGGUAUAUAUAUAUACUUUUUACGCAAAAAAUAUAUUAACAAGUCGUCGGUUUUAACUUAAAUGAAAAAUACAGUUGUCACAACAUUUUUUCAAAAACAAUUAUGUAUCCCAUAUCCAACAAGCGUAUUCAGAUAUUUUAAAUCCAGAAAUACACAUUUCUAAACAAUUUAUAAAUAUAAGCAUGAAAUAAUUAGUUACAGGGAAUGAAUGAAAACUAAACAUAAAGCAAAAUCAAAUUAUGUAACAAUUCAAUAUUGGGUGUUGAAGAACGCGUGUAAAGUGGAAUGUAUUUAAAAUUGCAUACUGUAUGAUUUUUCUAAGAGAACAAAUGGGAAAUAUUGAAUACCUAGUACAUAAGCAAAUAGUUUUAAUA